AUAACGUCAAUGAGCUAAAAAGCUCGAACCAGCAAAAUCAAUUUUCCUCCAACAAACCCCAAAAUCAAAAUCAAUGGCUCUUUCUUUCUUCUCCUACAACUUGAACAACCCAAACCUCACCUCCUCUUCUUCUUCACUAUCAAAAUCCCCAAAUUUGAACAGAUUUUCCUUUCUCUUUCCCAAGAAAACCUUCGAUUCUUCUUGUUUCUCUGUUCGUUCGAUCUCAAACGGGGACGAAACCAACGACAAAGACUCAAUCACUCCCAAGAAGAAACUCUCGGACCAGUCUUCCUGGGAGGCCAAAGACUCUCACGGAGACGAUUAUCUUUACAGGCUCGGCAAAGAGGCCGAUAACAUGAACAUCGCCGUCGGUGCUAGGGCUGGCGUCAUUGAUGACCUCUUCGCCGGCAAAUUUCUUGGAAGAGACUCGGAUGUUGUGUUUGAUUACCGGCAGAAGGUGACUAGGUCGUUUGAGUACCUUCAAGGCGAUUAUUACAUUGCUCCUCUUUUCAUGGACAAAGUUGUAUGCCACAUUGUGAAGAACUACAUUGCUCAUCUUCUCAAUACUAAAGUUCCUCUGAUUCUGGGCAUUUGGGGAGGAAAAGGGCAAGGCAAAUCCUUUCAAACUGAACUUAUUUUCCAGGCUUUGGGAAUGGAACCAGUUAUUAUGUCUGCAGGGGAAUUGGAAUCAGAAAGAGCUGGAGAACCAGGAAAAUUGAUACGUGAACGGUACAGAACUGCUUCGCAAGUGGUUCAGAACCAAGGGAAGAUGAGCUGUUUAAUGAUCAAUGAUAUUGAUGCUGGCCUUGGCAGAUUUGGAAACACUCAAAUGACAGUCAACAAUCAAAUUGUUGUUGGGACUUUGAUGAAUUUGGCUGAUAAUCCUACAAGAGUUAGUAUUGGUCAAGACUGGAGGGAAUCAGAUGUUACAAACAGAGUUCCUAUCAUAGUUACAGGGAAUGAUCUUUCAACAAUCUAUGCUCCCUUGAUUCGUGAUGGAAGGAUGGACAAGUUUUAUUGGCAACCUACUCAGGAAGACAUCAUUAGUAUUGUUCACAAAACAUAUGAGAAAGAUGGCAUAUCAAAGGAUGAGGUUGAAAGCAUAGUAAACACAUUUCCUAAUCAAGCCUUGGAUUUUUAUGGAGCACUUAGGUCUCGAACAUAUGACAGGUCAAUCUCUAAGUGGAUUGACGAUGUUGGAGGUGUUGAAAAACUUGGAAACAGACUUCUCAAGCAAAGAAAGGAUGAUAAACUUCCUGUGUUUGUUCCCCCAAGCCAAACGGUGGAAGCUUUACUUGAAUCGGGAUAUUCUCUUCUCAGAGAACAAAAGCUGAUAAUGGAGACUAAACUUUCGAAGGAAUACAUGAAAAAUAUUGAAGACUAGCAAGUACCUGUGACACCACUGCAGUAUCAACCAUCUGCAUUGGUAUGUUUGUAUCGGCUGCUUUUAUGUUUUGGUGUGUAUUCUAUGUACAAAGGGUAUUAUAAAUGACAAUUAAAACUUGUUCUCUCUUUUUUCUUAUUUAAUAAUUUAACCUUUCAAGACUUGUUGGCACCAUUAAACUGACAUAAUACCCGGUCAUUAAAAAAAAAAAAAAAGUAAUAAAUAAUGCUCAUCAUUACCAUUA